AUGUCUGCCAGCAACAAUUCUUCUUCCUCACCACCCCUUCGGAUCGCCAUCUCAAAAAAUCAAGCCUUGAUUCCUCUGAUAAAAUCAUCGUCAUCAUCGGAACAUGUACUUGCACGAAAAUUAAGUGAAAAAGAUGAAAAGGAAUUGGAAAUGUUUUUAAAUGUCUUGUCUCCGAUAGAGGCUCUGAAAUUAACCAUUUCAAUAAUAUCGAAUAAUGUCGGCAUGGGAAUUGCAAAUCGAGUGUUGGGUCAAGUAGUUCAUACUUUGGAACCUAGAAAGGAUAAUAGUGUAGCAUCGGAUGUGGACUCUAUUAACAUGUUACCAGAAUUGAAAGAUGUCAUCUCAAAAGUUAAUAAUUAUUUUGUUCAACAACAAAACGAAACAUUUUUACAUAUUCCCGUCAAAGGUUACACACUGGGGCAAGAAUAUAGUUUGUGCAUGGAAUUGAGCGGACGAAGUCCAGGAGUUGCCAAAUCAACGGUUGCUGCAAAACCCUUUGAUGACAUUACCAUUGUUUUAGUGGGCACAAAUGACAACACCACUAGCAACAACCAUUCAAAUACGAAAUCUGAAAGUAAUUCUUCAACAACAGCUAGCAAAAAGAAAAAAGCUCCAACAGAGCAAGAAGUCAUGAUGAAACUACUUUUAGAGGAGGGAGAACAGAGCGAAAAGAAAAAACAAGCUAAAAAGUCAACCUCAAAGAAAAAGUAA